AUGCGUGCCCAUAUGGACCAGGACCCAAAUAUUGAAGCUUUCACAUCAGAUGGUUGGCUGCGAACUGGAGACAAAGGCUACAUUGAUGAUCACAACUACCUUUGCCUGUCGGGCCGCUACAAAGAGAUCAUAAAUCGCGGAGGCGAAAAAAUUUCGCCUUUUGAGGUCGAGAACGUGUGCCGUCAGUGGCCGCCCAUCUUCGAUUGCAUCGCCUUCAGCUGUCCUCACGCACAACUGGGAGAAACAGUGGGCUUAGCAGCAGUGCUUCGGGAUGGCGAGAAGAUGGACAGCAAGAAAUUGGAAGAACUACGCCAAUUCUCCGCUGCCAAGAUGAGCGAGAAGUGGCUUCCACAAUGUAUUUUGUUCAUGAAGGAUAUCCCCAAAGGGUCCACUGGCAAACCUGCGCGCAUCGGACUCGCCAAGAGAAUGAAGCUGGAAGCUUUGGACGUCAACAAGUCGCAGGCAAUGCGCUGA